GGGUGAAGCUGAGUGACCUUGGUUGUUUGUGCUUGCUAUGGCGGCGCUGGUGAGGAUUAGCUCCGUGUGUAACAGAGGAUUCAGGCCUCUGUUACUCCCCAGUUCUUCUCUUGUCAGACCUGUGACGGCACUUAAAAAGGACCAGGAUCAUCCAUAUGUGUUCAGUGCUAAGAUCCAUGCAACACCAUCUCAUUAUGCAGGUUCUGCGUCCAAUGCUGCCUCCCGGCACUGGACAGGAGAGCGGGCAGUGAGUGUAGCCCUUUUAGGCUUGGGCCCUAUCGCCUAUUUCUACCCCGGCGCGGCCAUGGACUACUCUCUCGCUGCAGCACUUACUCUGCAUGGUCACUGGGGUUUGGGCCAGGCUGUGACGGACUACGUUCACGGAGACGCGAAGGUCAAGGCAGCCAAAGCCGGCCUCUUCCUUCUGUCCACCGUCACCUUUGCGGGUCUCUGCUACUUCAAUUACCAUGAUGUAGGGAUUUGUAAAGCAGUGGCUCUGCUCUGGAGUAAAUAGACGGACUGUCAUCAAGGGUCGGGAAAGUGGUUCGGCUCCUGGAGCCGUCCAUGUCGUUGCCCAGCUGAUUGUACACACGUGUUGGUUCAAUGUAAAUUCUAUAAAUAUAUAAUGUUGACACAAUGAUUUGUGUUUAUUAUUGCUGACGAUUCAUUGGGAUCUCUGUUCCUGCAUAAUUUAUGACUGCAUAUAUGCAGGGCUGAUUACAGGAUGUUUAUAUUCUUCAUUUGGAUCAUUAUUAACAAGUCAUGACUUGUACGGUUAUAUGGUUCUAAUAAUGCUCAACAACCACCUUUUUUUGUGUCUGAAAAGGUUAGCUUAUUUGCAGGCAUUUUAACCAGCACCAGCCUUAAUUAUUCAAUUAUUUCCAUCCUUUUAUUGCAAGGUCAAUAUCAGUAUUUUGCAUGGUCUUUGUUCAGUUCAGCAUUUAUCAUUUUUCAUGUUAUGCAUGCAUGUACGGCCUUAACUCUGCCUCAUCUUACCAAAUGUUAUGUAUAAAUAAGGUAUCAUUAUUUUGCAGUAUAAUGGCAACACCUUGUAAUCUGCCCCCUGUGCUUAUGUGUGUGUUGGAUUAUUUUUUCUACAUGCAGUUAACACAUUUAAAUCCUAUUGAUCAAAGUGAUCGAAGCGGUGCACUUAAUCCCAGCUUACUCGGCCCUAAUUUGGGUUUUAAAUGAAAUGAAAAGCUUUGUUCUCUGUUCAGAUGAAUUAGAAUGAUUUUUAGAAGGAAAACAGGAUGUUCUUUGUGUGCCACAGUGUCACUCAGUGUUAAACGCACAAGAUGGUUUCGUCUUGAACCUUCCUGAAAUAAACUCAAUUCUGUGGA